CGUCGUGUGUGCCCGCGUGCUGCGGCUUCGUCUCCUCCGGAUAAACACAAUCGAGGGGGGAGACCUCUGCUCAGCUAGGCCGCCGACUGACUGACUGCCCAUGGCGUCGCCGCACCUCCCCUUCCUCUCCUUCCCCAAAACCCCGCCACCACCUCCACCGCUCGCUUCCCCAAAGCCUCUGACCCUCCACAGCCCCCUCGCGCUCCCUUCCCGCCCGCGCGCCACCCCCGCCGCGGCUCCCCCGCCCGACGCUGCGGGGGCCGGACCCGCCGCGCCCACGCGCGGGGACUGCUUCCUCGGCCGCCAGCUCGCCACCGAGGCCGCCGCGCGCGUCCUCGCGCCCGACGACGCCGAGAGGCGCCGCCGCCGCAAGGAGAAGCGCCGGGCCCUCGCGCGCAAGCCGUCCGGCCUCGCCUCCUGCUACGGAUGCGGCGCGCCGCUGCAGACCGCCGAGGACGCCGCGCCAGGAUACGUCGACCCCGCAACCUACGACCUGAAAAAGAGGCACCAUCAGCUGAGAACCGUUCUGUGCGGAAGAUGUAAGCUGCUGUCUCAUGGCCAUAUGGUCACUGCUGUCGGUGGCCACGGGGGCUAUCCUGGGGGCAAGCAAUUUGUCUCAGCGGAAGAGCUCAGGGAGAAGCUCUCGUACCUGCGCCACGAGAAAGCCUUGAUAGUCAAAUUGGUUGACAUCGUUGACUUCAAUGGGAGUUUCCUGGCACGAGUACGCGAUUUCGCUGGCGCUAAUCCUAUUAUACUUGUCAUAACAAAGGUUGAUCUCCUCCCUAGGGACACUGAUUUGAACUGCAUAGGCGAUUGGGUUGUAGAGUCAGUUGUCAAGAAGAAGCUUAACGUCCUCAGUGUCCAUUUGACAAGCUCAAAGUCAUUGGUCGGCAUCACAGGGGUUAUAUCAGAGAUUCAUCAGGAAAAGAAGGGCCGAGAUGUAUAUAUACUGGGUUCCGCCAAUGUUGGGAAAUCUGCAUUUAUCAGUGCUUUGCUAAGAACAAUGGCAUAUAAGGAUCCGGUGGCAGCUGCAGCUCAAAAAUACAAGCCAAUACAGUCUGCUGUUCCUGGAACCACCCUUGGCCCUAUUGAAAUUGAAGCAUUCUUAGGAGGAGGGAAAUUAUAUGAUACACCUGGUGUUCAUCUUCACCACAGGCAAGCAGCCGUUAUACAUGCUGAUGAUCUGCCUUCCCUCGCACCCCAAAGUCGUCUAAAGGGGCGAUGUUUUCCCGCUAAUGAUACAGAUGUUGAAUUGAGUGGGAAUUCUUUAUUCUGGGCUGGACUCGUCCGCAUUGAUGUUGUCAAGGCUCUUCCACGCACACGACUGACAUUCUAUGGACCCAAGAAGCUAAAGGUUAACAUGGUCCCAACCACAGAAGCAGAUGAAUUUUACAAGACUGAAGUUGGAGUGACACUGACUCCCCCAACUGGCACGGAGAGAGCUGAAGGAUGGGCGGGGCUGCAGGGUGUUCGCGAGUUGAAGAUAAAAUAUGAAGAACUUGAUAGACCUGCUUGUGACAUAGCGAUCUCUGGGCUUGGGUGGAUUUCUGUGGAGCCAUUAGGUGUCCCGUCAAACAGCGCGGAUAGCAAUGGCGAGGAAGAAUAUGAUGAUGGUGAGCUGCACUUGAUAGUUCAAGUACCCAAGCCAGUUGAGGUCUUCGUCCGUCCCCCAUUGCCUGUCGGUAAAGCAGCAUCGCAAUGGUAUCGGUAUCAGGAGCUGACAGAGGAAGAAGAGGAGUUGAGACCUAAAUGGCAUUACUGAUACUGCUCCCCCUCCCCUCUUCUUGUAGUUGUAAUUGAGUACGCUACUAGUACAAGUUUGUGUAGUCCAAAUUCGGUAAACAGUAAUGCUCUCAGGUGAUGUUAGGAUAAGCUAGUAAAAACAACAAUGGAUAUUUAGUAUUCAGGAUACAUUUGACAUUGGUGAAAUAAUGAUGUGGAUCUUCAUACGUGGAAAAAAAAGAGAGCAAGCAUUUGGAGGCUAA